AUGGAUAGCAUUCAAGGAUCACCUCCUCUGAGCCCAGGAGCAAUGCAUCCCAACAAGGAGAAAGCCUUCAAUGAUAAGGGCUCUAACCGUACCAUCCAAGUUGCAGAAGGCAAGGAGAGGGACUGCGAGAAUGAAGAUCUACCCACUGUAAGAGAAGACCAGGUUCAAGACCAUCUAAUGAACCUGAAGGUGCACAAGUCUAAGGACCUGACGAGAUCCAUCUGCAGCACUUGCUCUGAAAUUUUGGGACUGAGUACACCAAACACGAUAGAUCAGUGGGAUACAACAGGCCUUUACAGCUUCUCUGAACAAACCAGAUCUCUCGAUGGCCGUUUACAGGUAUCUCAUCGUAAAGGAUUACCACAUGUUAUUUACUGUCGUUUGUGGCGCUGGCCAGAUCUUCACAGUCACCAUGAACUUAAAGCAAUUGAAAACUGUGAAUAUGCUUUUAAUCUUAAAAAGGAUGAAGUAUGUAUAAACCCUUACCACUACCAGAGAGUGGAGACACCAGUCUUGCCUCCUGUACUAGUGCCACGGCACACUGAAAUUCUAAUGGAGCUUCCGCCUCUCGAUGACUAUACCCAUUCCAUUCCUGAAAACACUAACUUUCCAUCUGGAAUUGAACCACAGAGCAAUUACAUACCAGAAACACCACCUCCAGGAUAUAUCAGUGAAGAUGGAGAAACAAGUGACCAGCAGUUGAACCAAAGCAUGGAUACAGGAUCUCCAGCAGAGCUGUCUCCUAGUACUCUUUCCCCAGUUAAUCAUAGCUUGGACUUGCAACCAGUUACUUACUCGGAGCCUGCAUUUUGGUGUUCAAUAGCAUAUUAUGAAUUGAAUCAAAGAGUGGGAGAAACCUUCCAUGCAUCACAGCCUUCCCUGACUGUAGAUGGCUUUACAGAUCCAUCGAAUUCAGAACGAUUUUGUCUGGGUCUGCUUUCCAAUGUAAACAGAAAUGCUACAGUGGAAAUGACAAGGCGACACAUAGGAAGAGGAGUACGUCUUUAUUACAUUGGUGGAGAAGUCUUUGCUGAGUGCCUAAGCGAUAGUGCGAUUUUUGUCCAGAGCCCCAACUGUAAUCAAAGAUAUGGCUGGCAUCCUGCAACCGUGUGCAAAAUUCCACCAGGAUGCAAUCUAAAAAUCUUUAAUAACCAAGAAUUUGCUGCUCUUCUGGCUCAAUCUGUCAAUCAGGGUUUUGAAGCAGUUUAUCAGCUUACGAGAAUGUGUACCAUAAGAAUGAGUUUUGUUAAAGGAUGGGGAGCUGAAUACAGACGGCAAACAGUAACAAGCACUCCAUGCUGGAUUGAACUUCAUCUGAAUGGACCUCUACAAUGGUUGGACAAAGUAUUGACUCAGAUGGGCUCCCCUUCAGUGCGCUGCUCCAGCAUGUCAUAA